GUUACGACUCUGAAUUAUCCAGUGAAGGACCAAAGGAUUCGUAUCAGACGAGAGCCAAAAAAUUAUGUUCGUCGAGACGGUAAGUUCUUUUAUGACGAAUUAUUUUCAGAUUUAUAUGUUAAACUACUCUGGUACCAGAUCUGCACCAACGUUUUAAUAAGCAAGAGUACGAUUUUAACCUCCAAAUGCAUUAGGGAUUUAGGGUUUUAUCGGAUCCACAUAAAGCGCAUUGUUCCUCUCUCCUCCGCAGAGGCUUUUGUUUUCUUGGGACAUUUCACUACACUUUACGUGGCGGAUCUUGGUUACUAUAUAAAGCCUCUGCGGAGGAGAGAAGCAUUGUUCACUGUAUUCAACAAGUCAGUUUGCUUAUUUAAGAACCCCAACAGCGAGGUCAUAUGAUUCCAUUAUGAACCAUAAAGAUGACUUACAGUAUAAUGAGCAUUAAGUAUCAUCACUUUGGGUAAUAUUUCGCCGAACGUCCCCUCGCUCCGGGUCUAUAAACGAUAAACAUAAUACCCUAACUUCAAAGUGUCCAAUCAAAAUACAGCAUUUGUACCACGUGACGCUAUGAUUUUUACGGUCUUCCCCCAAAUUUAUGAUUGCGCAAUGCAGCACAAGGUAGCUACUGUCAUAUACCACAGUGUGAUAUUUCUCCGAAUCCCCCGAGUCUGUAAAUGAUAAGUAUAAUAUAGUGAUCACAUGCACUUUGUAUGAUUGUUCGUAUGUAUCCUGCUUUCUCAGAGUGUGAGAGGAACAAACUCGUCGACACAGUUCACGGAUUUUUACCGUUGCCGGACGAAGAUUACAAUGUGCAGUUUAUUAAGGACAGUGGAAAGUACUGGGUGAAAGUUAGUUGGGAAGCACCACUAG